AUGGAUUUAGAUAAGGUACUCUCAUCGACAGAACUGGCAGCAUUGAGGGACAAGGAGAUCGAGAGAAUCCUAGCAUGUCAUAAUAAGGAUUUCUUUGCUAUUUUGGAUAUACCUAGAGAUUUGGAAGGAGUAAAGAAGACAUAUCGAAAGAAAUCAUUAUUGAUACAUCCUGAUAAGUCUGAUCACAAACAAGCAUCAAUUGCCUUUGAUAAACUUAAAAGAGCAUAUGAUAUCGCCAUAUUGGAAGAAGAAUCUUCUGAGGAUCCAGAAAUACAACGAAAAAUUGAUGAAAAGAAGAAAUUGAUCGAUAUUUACAAGUAUGUCGGUGAGAAACCUGUAGAUACUACACGAAAAGAAGUUUAUGAUAUCUUAAUCAAAGAAGACGAAGAAGAGGAAAAAGAAAAACAAAUACAGAAACACAAAGAAGCUCAAGAGCAAGAUCACAUGGAGAGCCUUAAACAACAACGACAAUUGAAGAAAGAAUUCGAUGAGAAAUGGGAAGAUCAAAGAGAAUCAAGAGUCGAAAAUUGGAGGAAUUUUGUAAAAAAGGUCGAAAAAAAGAAGAAACCUAAAAAGAAGAAAGUACUAGCAUAA